AUGUGUGCGCUCUCCUCCACCGAAGCCGAGCUCAACGCCAUCUCCGAGGCAACGCGCCAGGCACUCUACGUGCGCAAGCAUCUGCCGGCCCUCGGAGUCGACACCCAACAACCACUCUCUCUCUUCAACGACAACCAGAGCGCACUGGCCAUCGUCGACAUCUCGUCCGGCACCUACCACGGCCGCAUGAAACAUUACGACAUCAAACUCGCGCACCUGCGCGACACGACCAGUCGAGGUCAAGUCCGCUACGGCUACUGCCCGACUGACGACAUGCCCGCCGACGUUCUCACCAAGGCACUCGGCCGCGUCAAGCUCGUUCACCACCGCCAACGCAUGGGGCUGAUCGAGCGACCCGCCGCGUGA